CCGUCGUCUCCCAGGGGGACUCCCAUAAGAUUAGGCGCAUCUGGAGUCUGCAUUUAGAGGCCGGGUACGGGGCGGAGGGGGCGGGGCCUGACGUCCGGGGCCGGGGACACCCAGGCACGCGGUAAAACGGCGUGUGGAGCUGGAAGCGGGCCUUCUGCGGGUGAAGGCCGAGACCCGGGGUCCCCCGGCCAGUAGGGGAGCGGCUGGGAAGGCCGUGGGCGCGGCGCCUUUAAGGCCCGACCGCCCAGUCAGGUGACCCGGCCGUCGCCUGGCAACGGGAAGCCUCGCGGACGCCCGCGCUCUCCCACCGACGCCGCCGAGGUCAGGCUCAUGUCCGAGGCGAACCCCCGAGAGUGCGCGGAGGCUGCGGAGCCCCCGGCCCCCGAGGCCGCGGCCCCCGCGCCCGCGAAGAGAACCAGCGACUACUACCGCAUAGACGGGGAUCUGCCGGUCAGGUUCAACAACCCGGAGUGGUUUCGGGGCUACGGGACCAAGGAGCCUGUCUCCGUGUACAGGACCAGUAACCAAGCUUACGGGAGCAGGGCCCCCACUGUGCACGAGAUGCCGAAAGUAUUUUACCCAAAUUCGGGCAAGUUUUCCAGACAACUUGCGGCCGGUGGGAUGUUCCGGAACAAUACUUUCAACGUCUGCGUGGAGAAGAGCGUUGUGACGGGUCCCGACAACUACGUCACCUCCUACGACCGCUUCAACUUCCACCCCAGCUACAACGUCAACAGGCCCUCCAUCUGCGAUUGAGAGUCCUCGAUCGAUUGAGGUACGAGAGCAGGACGUGUUCAUCAUGGGAAAUCCGGAAGGCACUCGCUCUAGACAGAGGCCACGGUUACGUUCCACGGAUGCUAUCUCCUUUACAAAAAUCGUGGUCCCGUCAGAGUGGGAAGGAAUGAAACGCCAUGACUGGUUAUUUCUUCAUUCAAACCUUUUGAUUAUUAAUACACAGAAGUAGACAUUUUGGCCACAGGCUUAAUGUCCCAUUUGGAACGGAAAUGGUUUCCAGAGAAAGUCGAUAUUCUUAAUAAAAAGAUGCGAAGCUGAGCCUGAA